GCAGGACCCUUGUUGUUGAUUCAGUGAGUCCAUAUAAGUCGCUGUCGCUGCGCUGCCGAGCAACAAUGAUCUGCAAGCUGAGUGUCGCCGUCUUCGCAGUCGCCAUAGCUGCGACAGUGUCGAUUCCAGGGGGGAUAAGCGACAUAGACUCGAAUGAUGAAGGCUUCCAGAACGCCAUGUCAUUCGCCGUCGCUCGGCACAAUAACGCCUCCAACGACUUGUACCUGAGACAAGUGGCUGGGGUGGUUGAGUCCAAAAGUCAGGUGGUUGCUGGCGUCCGAUACUUCAUCACGGUGAAUCUGGCAAAGACAAACUGCACUAAGGCCAACUUUGCUGAAUUGUGCACUGUCCACAACGAUCCAGUGUUGGCUGCUCCUUACCAGUGCAAAUUCACUGUUUGGAGCAAGCCAUGGUUAAAUUUCAUCAAGGUCUUGGAUGAGGAGUGCCCAGUAUCAACUGAAACUUCAUGAAUCUUCACUUCCCUUUUCCACUUUCCCACUUUCAAUUAAACCACAAAAGUAUUAUGAUUAAUUUUUUCCCGGCUGCAGCGAAUUACCUUUUCAAUCCAAUAUAAUGUUUACUUUUUGAGCUGUUGAUUUUGAACUAAUGAUGAUUUGCUUGUGAUAUACAUGAGUGAUUUUACACACAAUUUUACUCUAAUAAAAAAUGCAAGAACAA